AUGGAGGACAUGGAAGAAGAAAGUUCUGGUCUAAAUGACGACCACAACCAUAACUACUGUGAAAACCGUGCCAGUGGACAAGUCCACUAUCUCAGGACCGAGCUGUCAAAUGAACCCCAGCCCCUACCCAUUUUGCCGGUUCUGGGCACGCGAGAUGUAGGGCCCCAGGGGAACCACGCAAAGGUUUGUUCCAGUUCCAGCAGUGGUUCAAAGUUCAUGGAUUCAGACUCGAGCAGCGUGAGCAGUGACACCAGCGAGACUGACAGUUCAUCGUCGGCUUCCAUCGCAGGGAAACUGACCCUGAACUCAGCCUCAAAGUUUCGUAAGUUGAAAGCAUCGUGUUUAUGUUUAUCAUGUUUUUGAUUUACUGAUAUGGGAUGAGGAUGUAGUUUGCCAUGUAAAUAUGCCAUUGCAUUGCCUUUGGCCUAAACGUCAGUGGAGUAAGUUGGCUACUAUAUGACCGUUUAGCUAAGGAAUAUCCUUGGGAUGGGAUAGCAUGACCCAAUUGAAUCUCAGUUUAUGUAGUACGAGCAACGAGGAAAAGGUUGGUGGUUGUAUUCCACAAAAGUUUUUAUUAAAACUAUGAAUUUCUGCACUCCGCGGAAGGACCACAGUUGUACAGGACAAACAUAGGUACAGCUAAGCGUUAUCAGAAUUGAUAUUUUACAAGUAUUGACUGAUGGUGACUCAAUAGGCAGGUUUCCAUUGACCCAGGUAUUCGAUAAAAGUAUUUAUUAGAAGUAUGAAUUUCACCACCAAGCAGAAGGACCGCAAUUGUACAGGACAAAGAUGGGUACAGUGAAGUGUAUUCAGAAUUGACAUUUUUUACAAUAAUUGACUGAUGUUGAUGACUCAAUGUUGUUGCUAGCAAAUCCGUGUCCAGUAAUCAAAACUCAACUCCGCCUCGAUAUAAGACAACGGAGUUAAGGGUUCCUCAGCUAAAUUGUCACAUGCGCUGAGUUGAGCAACACAAAUGAGGAAAAGGUCGGUGGUUGUAUUCAAAGUUUUUCUUUAAAAGUAUGAAUUUCAGCACCAAGCAGAAGGACCACAGUUGUACAGGGCAAACAUAUGUACAGGUAAGCGUUUUCAGAAUUGACAUUUUUAGAAGAAUUGGCUGAAGUUGACUAAAUGUUGCUAGCAAGUCUCGUGACCACUUAUUAAAACUCAACUCCGCCUCGAUAUAAGAGAACGGAGUUGAACAUUCCUCAGCUAAUGUCCCUUGUAUGCUGUAGUCCUUGUUUGGAAUUCAUUUUAUUGUCAUGUCAGGACAGAGAGACGGCUCAAGUUGUAAUGAAAAUAACCUAAUCUUUAUAAUUUUGUGUUUCAGUAAUGAAUGCAAUGACCGAAGAGGACUAUAGAACCACAUACUGGCCGAAUCUGGAGAAAGCCAUUGACCACCUGCUGAUACAAAACCCCAUGGACCACAUCUCCAUUUCAUAUGAGCAGAUAUACAGGUGAGACACAAACUGUGUGACUGUAUUGAUAUCUUAUGUAGCUUUGAAAGAAAUUAAGACAUGGAACUGCUGUACUACUCAUGUGUGAGACCUUUGAGGGGAGAUAUUGCCAUUUGUGACUUGUUUCAGGAAACUAGGCGUAUGUCGCGCGUCACUACUUCACAGAAGAGCCAUUUGAACGUAAACUAUUUAUGUUUUAAAAUCAAAAUGCAUUUUUUCGCACAAAUGCCUUCUGGAACAUGUGAACUUUCAUGUGCCUUAAUAACAAACAUGUAUGCCAUCUGUAAAUACGAAUAAAAUGGUUAAAUUACGAGCCUAGUUGGUUUAGCCACUAGUCAUGAUUGGCUGAGAUAAUGAGUGGGCUGGACAUGCCGAGAGAUUAGUUUGGAUUGGUCUGCCAUGUAGCACACUUCUGCCUAUUUGAGCUGGUCGGUAUGUGUAGAUAAUCCUGUCUAACACGGCUUUAAAGAAAAUAUAUUGCAUAGUAGAACUGCAUAAGUGUGGCUCUCCACAUUCUGGAGGACCGAGUUUUGAAAUCAGUGGAAUUAGAGUAUGAUAGCUAAGGAGAUGGAGAAAAUUCUGGCGUUUGAUUGCAAAUAUGCAGACAGAGUCGAAAAGAGAACACACAGAAGGCUGUUGUAUAAAACACCUGUCUCCGGAUUACAUCUUCAAACUAAGGGCAACCAUGGCAUCUGUGACAGAGAGGGAGAAGCGUCCGUCCAUGUAUAUGGGUAAAAUAGUCUAGCUAGCUACAUUUUCAGAUAUUACACGUUUCUAAUUUUGUCAAAGUCGUUUUUAUUUUAAGUUAAAGUGUACUGUUAGCUAGCUAGCUAACGUUAGCUGGCUGGCUCGCUAGCUAACAUUAUGUGUAUGAUCUGUGUAGUUAUAUUAUUUGUAUCUCAGAGCCAUUUGCAUUGCUAGUUACAGCCUAAUAUUAGCUAGCUAACAUUGAACCUGGUUGGUUAGCUGCCUGCAGAUUCAUGCAGGAUAGUAAUGUUAUGAGUUGGGAUUAUGGUCAUUGUUUAGCUAGCUAGCUAAAUCUCUAAACAAAAGACUCCACUAUGCAAGUAACCAUUUCAAUAGAAUGUUCAUGAUGUCACUGCGACAACUGUCGAUAGACGUAGCUGGUAAAUUCGCUCUGGCUAUCUCGUCUGAGUGUGCGAGAGCGCAGAAUAACUGACAAAUUUACGAAUGCUCAACACCCAUUUUAAUAUGGCCGGUGUCAGUAAACAUUGGCAAAAAAGCGUAAUUAAAUUGUUGCCAGCAGCACAGUUGCAGUCACCCAACGCUCUGGAUAACAUAAAAAUAGCCUAACCAGCUCUGCUAGGGCGAUCAAAAUGGUCAGAGUGAGCUGUUCUCUCAUUUGUGUCUGGAAGUAGCUAGCAAGCUAGCCAACGUUAGCCAGUUAGCUUGGGUGCUGUUAUUAGGUCAGAACGCUUGGAUCAACCCUACUCCUCGGCCAGAGCGUCCAGUGUGUGCUCUGAACGCUCCAAGAGCGGAACACUCAGAAUUUACGAACUGACAAUAUGACAACGCUCUGAGUUUACGAACGCCCAGAGCGCACUCUGAGCACACUCUGGCACUCCAGAUUAAAUUGACGAACACACCCGUAGUAUAAACCAGCCUUUAGUCUUGGAAUCUUUGGUUGUUUAGUACAUGGCCUCACAUGUGAAUCAAAGAGAUGGGUGGGGCUAAGGCUUUAGAGGGUGUGAACGAUGCUGAAUGGGUGUAGACAAAGAAGAGCUCUCCAGUAGGUGUACCAAAACAUUCAAGGGCCAUUUUCUCAAAAGUGAGGUUACAAGUUUAUCAACUUUCAAAGCAGAAUUACUUUCCCAUUGUUCCUCAAUUAUAGUGUAUUAUAUAAAAUGUUCUAGCUCUGAGUCUACUUUUAUCCAAUGUAAAAAACACAAUUUCAAAUUUUGCUACAUAAGACCGAAUUGAGCCGGUUGGUCACAUUUGUUAACAUUUUAACGGUCAUUUCCUUUCCCUUUUUCAGUUACGUGUACAAGUGUGUUUGUCAACAGCACUCUGAGCUACUGUACAAAGACUUGAUGCUGAAGAUUACUACCCAUCUUCAACAAGUCUCAUCUGAUUUACAGGUAAGUGAAAACAGAGAACCUGGGUCGUGUUCAUAGGGUACAUACUGUACAAAAAUAUUUGCAAUGGAUAACAAAAACAAGUGUUUCUUAUUGUGCAGAUAGUAUCCCCCAUUUCACUGCAUUUUUUUUGCAUAAAUACCUGAUAAGUAAAUUAACACUGAUAAUUUCUUCUCUUUUAUCAGAUCAGUCCACCAGGGAAUUUCAUUGAGAAUUUCAACAUUGCUCUGACUCAGUACACAGAUGCUCUUCAAUGCAUAGUUCCUGUAUUCAUCUACAUGGUAUGUAUCCUGAUGAAGUGCUCAUCCUUGGAAUAUGCUUUCCAUUAAAUCUCUUUGGGCCUGUUUCCAGGAUAUAGAUAAAGCCUACUCCAUCAAUGUUUAGGGCAGACCUUAAUCAUAUACUCCUUUCAUACAAGCAUGUUUUUCUUCUUCAUUUCUAAGAAUAAGUUCUACAUUGAAACGAAGUUAAACCGACACCUGCGAGAAGAUCUCAUGAAGCUUUUUACUGAUCAUGUUGCAGAAAAACAUGUGAACACGUUGAUACGUGAGUACAGUGGACUGGUCAACUGACACCCCGCCUUGCAGUCCAAACCCAAACUAUUUAGCUUAUUACUCAUCUUGUAAAAUUGUGUUGUUGAUGCUUAAUUAUUAUUGUUUAUUUUUUUUCUCUGUUUUUCCUUUAGCUCUUCUCCUCGAAGCCCAUUCCAUGCCUUUUCAAGUCAGACCUUCAACAAUGGCCAGUGUGGUGAAAGGCCUCUAUACUCUUCGGCCAGGUGAGCCCUUUCCUUUCUGUCUUUUUUAAAAUGCCACAACACAUGCUGCUGCCUAAAUAGUUACAUCCACUAUUAAAAUGAUGUUUAACUGUCAAACACGAGUGUAGCACCAAUCAAAAGUGUGAGAAAUAUGGAUAACUCUGAUGAGCACUAUUUGUGUCUCCCACUUGAAGUUGGAGAGGUAAACAUGCACUAUAAAACACCUGCCCUGUAUGUGUUAUGACCUCUAUUAUAAUGACUAUUGGCUACCUGUUUCAGAUUGGGCACAUUUAGCCCCAGCUCUCUUCUCUGGAUUCAUUCCUCAAAUCAACCCCCCAACAGUGGAAUCCCAGCUCUCUGACUAUGCUGCUCGUGACCAGAAACUACAAAUGGAGCUCUCUCUGAAUGGCUUUCCCAGGUGAGUGUUACAAGGCAGAGUUUAGCAAAUAAAUAAAUAAUACUUCCACCAGGGUAGUGUUCUUUAGGAAAACGUUAAUGUGCGUUUCUUAUUAGACAAGUUCAGAUAGUACAUCCCCAUUUUGGACUGUUUUCUUGUGUUUUGUGCCUAAAGAGCACAACCCUGGUUUUUGACUAAGCUUCCUUUUAUUUUGCAGAGGUGACCAGUCUCGUAAGAGAGCCAGCGAGGAGUCUGCAUAG